AUGCAAGAGGAAGAGGAAUCCGAGAGCCUCGAAGUCGAGGCCCGCUAUUACCAGUCGGUAAACACCCUGGAGCUGAGCGCCGGGGAACAGGUAUUGUUGAACCGUGCUUCUGGCAGUCGCGCCCAGAAGACUAGAUCGCCAAGCAUCGGCAGCGAGGCAACCGAAGAUCUCGACGAGGCGCCUCGGGGUGCCAAGACCGCAGCCGGCAGCGCUGCUCGUGGCAGGUGCAGCGCCAAUGUCCCAGUCCCGCCAGAACCCGAGGACGGCGAGGGGGACGAAAACUUUGAAGCCCGCGCCGCCGCCCUCCGUGCCAUACUACCAGCCAGAGAGAAGGGCAACGGCCGCGAGUCGCAGAACUGGAAGGAGGUGGAAGACGCGCUGCUGCUGCUUCUGAAACGGCACAAACCCAGAAUCACAUACAAGCAGAUGCAUGUCGAGUACUUCACCGGUAUCAACCGAACCCAGAACUCGCUCGAGCGACGUAUCAGUACGUUGAAAAAGGAGCGAAGAGAUAAGGGCAUCCCGUUGAGAGAGCAGAUGCGUCUCCUGGAACAGACCGCGCUGAGUUCAGAGCAAGCCCCCGAUUCGGACGGGGAUUUUGCAACGCCGUACCUGCUCUGCCUCGCUCUGUCGCACUCGGCGCUGGGCCAGCCAGACCGAGCGACGACCGGGUGGCGCGCAGAGCCUGAUGGCCGGGGCACCUUCUCGCUCGUCUUGUCAUGCAUCGUGACCCUGACUCUGUGCGUCUGGUCGGCGCUGCACCUCAACGUGCCGCCCAGGGACAGGAGCCUGCGGCGCCGCGUCCUCGACAAGGCCAAAUGGGUCCUGUACGGCAUCUUCGCCCCGGAGCUGGUCGUCGCCACGGCUGCCGCCCAGUUCAUCGUCGCCCGCUGGCUCAAGCGCGAGAUCGAGGCCGACGCCAAGGCUCGCGCGCUGGACACGGGCUCGGGCUCCGACUCAAAGCACCUCUCCUCCCGUAGUUGGACCACGGCGCAAUGCUUCUACGCCGUCAUGGGCGGCUUCGCUGCCGACGUGUCGGGCAUCGACGACGACGACGACGACACGUGCCGGCGCGUCACCGUCACCGCCGAGGGCGUCCGCCUGCUCUCGCUCCUCGGCCGGCUACCGGAGCUGCACGCGUCGCAAAUCGAAGACAAGAGCAAGGCCGACUGGCUGGCCAAGAGCAUCGUCUGCGCGCAGGCAGGUUGGAUGGUGGUGCAGGUCGUGGGCAGAGCCCUGCAGAACCUGCCCGUGUCGCUGCUCGAGCUCAACACGUGCGGCCAUGUGGCAUGCGCCCUUGUCAUCUACCUGCUAUGGUGGAGUAAGCCGCUCGACGUCCAGACCCCCAUCGUGCUGACCGACGCCGACGAGGACCUCCUGGCCCUCAUGCACCUGUGCUCGGCCACCAGCGCCGUCAACGGCAUCACCAACAUCCGCUGCUUCGUGCACGUCGCCAACGAAGAAGACGAGAGGCUGUGGAGGCUGCCCAGUGCGUCCGACGCAGACCACAUGCCCGCGACACCAGACGCGGGCGAGGCACCGUCCCAGAUCACCACCUACCUGUCCGUGGGCUCGCCGGGCUCGCGAAACCCCUCGCAGUUCCUCGGCUUCUCCGACCUGUGGUCCGAGUCCAAGCCAGCGCCUACCGCCCGCAGCAGCAACACCCGUCAAGACGCACCCAUCCCCGCCGAGCGCCCAGUGGCGGGCAACAGGGCCUUCCGGUACACGUUCAACCUCGCCGCGCCGGCCAUCGCGCCCGAGUGCCUCAUCUACUACUCGGCCGCCUACGGGCCGCCGCGCCAACCCUCGCUGCGGCACAGCAAGUACUGCCGUCUCGUGUUCGCCGACGCCGCCAAGCCGCGAAAGCCACUCCCACCGGCCAUGUUGCAGGGGGCGUCGCGCGCCGCGGACGCGCUGCGCGCUGAGUGCGCGGCACGUCCCGCAUACGCAAAGUACUACUUCACGUUCGUGCGCGAGAUGGGCCACUUCCUCGGCGAGACCGACUACGUGGUGGCGCACGCGGGCAACUUUCCCUCGCUGCACAACCUGGGGCUGGGCCAGGUGGCCAUCCACCGCGACCGGCUGCGGUCGGUGCUGGCGCUGGCGGCAGCGGCGUACGGCGCGCUGCACUGUGCGGGCUGGGGGGGUUCGGCGGCGCACGCGCACGCGCACGCGCGACUGUUCCCAACGGCGGCCGAGCGCGCGCUGUGGCUGGCGUCAGCGCUGACCAUCGCCGCGUCGGGGGGGCUGCUGUGGGCGUUCUUCGCGGCCCGCCAGCUGUGGCCGGCCUUUGAUCGCGCCGUGUCGGGCGCCACGCCGGGCAUCCACAUCGCCCGCGUCCGCGCCGAGAAGCGCGCCGUCAUCCGCGCCAAGGCCGCUGCUGUGUAUGUGGUUGUGGGCGUCUUCGCCCUCGCCCGCGUGUUUCUCGUCGCCGAGGCGUUUAUCAGCCUGCGCGACGCGCCCGUCGAGGUGUACGACACGCCGCUGUGGACAAAUUUCCUGCCGCACUUGUGA